UUGAUUUGACUGUUAGCUCUUGGACUUAUGAAACAUGUCUGGGAAUCAUACGUUCAACACAACGCAGAGCACCAAGGACUUCUCUCAACAGAACAUUCUUCAAUGAACAACCUUAUUCUCAUCAAGCAAUUGCUGAAUACUAAACUCAUGACCCACGGGAAAAUGUAGCAGUUACGAAGAUUGCAAUGAUAACACGUACACACCCUGCGACCUUAGUAGGAACUUUGGGCAAAUCUUCCUCCCAACCCUCUACAGCAUAGUCUUCAUCGUGGGCUUCAUUGGAAAUGGCCUGGUGUUGUGUGUCCUUGCCAAAUACUUCAAGAGAUCGAACAUGAUGGAUGUGUGCCUCUUCAACUUGGCGCUGUCUGACCUGCUGUUUCUCAUAUCUCUGCCGUUCUGGGCCCACUACGCUGCCACCAACAUGUGGAUCUUUGGGAAUGCUAUGUGCCAAGCUGUCACCACAUUUUACAUGCUAGGCUUCUACGGCAGCAUCUUUUUUAUGCUGCUCAUGACAGUGGAUCGUUAUCUUGUCACUGUCCAUGCCCAUACCUCCCUUUUUUUCAAGCGCCAAUCAGUGAGCGUGGGCAUAGCAUUGGUCUUGUUUAUGUGGGCACUCAGCCUGGGCGCUUCUCUCCCCACCAUCAUAUUCUCUCAAGGGAGGAAUGAGUCAACCAAAUUGUGCCUGCUGGAAUAUCCUAACAACACAUGGAGGCUUAUCAGCUACAUGGAGCUGAACAUCCUUGGCUUGAUCCUCCCCCUCACAGUCAUGGGGUUUUGCUACUCUCAGAUCAUCCCCACUUUGGCUGCUAUGAAGUCUAAGAAGAGGCACAAAGCCAUCAAGCUCAUGCUGGUCCUGAUCAUAGUUUUCUUUCUCUUCUGGACACCCUACAAUGUGGUCACAUUCAUGCACUUUCUUCAUCACUUGGGAUACAUGGAAACCUGCAAAUGGCUGCAAGACCUUGGCUUGGCCAUGCAGUGGUCUGAAACCAUCACUUUCAGUCACUGCUGCAUCAACCCCAUCAUCUACGCCUUUGUGGGCCAGAGGUUCAGGACAUUAGUCAUUAAGACUUUGAAAGAAUGGUUUCCAAUUUGCUUCAGCCGGUGCAGAACACUUAACAGUCAGCUGACAGAUAAAAAGGGCUCCACGCGCUCCACAGCAAUUACAACAAUUCUGUAGCUGCCGUAGCCCCCCACUAAUAUUAAUCAAAACAGCAACUUUGCCAUUUUUCAUUUGUUAACGUCAUUUAACAUCAUAACUCUAUGCUUAUUAUUUUAAACAUAAGGCUUUUAACUACUAUGAAUUCAGUAACUUCUAUGACCCUAUAAAGCAGGGACAUAGGUUUCAUUUCAACUUUGGGGGAAAACACUGCUCAUAACAUCCAACUCAUCAUGUUUUGUUUUAUGCGCCAACAAGUGCCAAUAAAUGGUCAUUCAAUAUCUAUACAAUCUUACCCUGAACAUAAAUUAUUAUGAUUAUAUUUCACAAUUUUGAAUCAGCUUUAUGACAUUGUUGUCAUUCUUUGUAACUGACGUCAUAACAUUUUAUAUAAAAUGGUUCACCAGCCUCAGCAGUAGAAACU